AUGUCACGGACGGCAAGAUUGGACGGAUGGCACUUGUCAAUCCCGUUUUCCGGUGAUGCCUGUUGUAGGUGCAACUGUUGGACUAGUCGUCUUUGUGAUUGCUAUAGCCUGCGCAUGCAUGAUCCAAGAGAGAAGAAAGCUACACAAGAUGAAGCGGGAGACUUUCGGCAGCACGGUGGUCUGAUAUUAUUUGAUGAGAUGAGGUCAAAGCAAGGUAUUACAUUCAAAAUCUUCACGGAAGAAGAACUGCAGCAAGCCACAAACAAGUUCAGCGAACAACAAGUACUAGGUCAAGGGGGCUAUGGGACUGUGUACAAGGGACUUCUCAAGGGCGACGUGGAAGUAGCUGACAAGAGAUGCAAGACGGUUGAUGAGCAACAGAAGAAAGAAUUCGGAAAAGAGAUGUUAAUCCUGUCCCAGGUCAACCAUAGAAACAUUGUGAAGCUCCUCGGGUGUUGCCUCAAAGUGGAAGUCCCUAUGCUGGUAUACUAG